GUUCAUGUUUUUUCCUCCCAUUCCGGAAUGCGAAGUCACCGACUCGGCUACUAUCAGCACUCCAUUGAAGUACUGUGCUGGGCUUAGGAUCUGUAUACCUCGAGUACAGAGUUUGAAACUCAGGAUGUCAAACGAGACGGCAAAUGUUAACUGCUCGCACAACUGCAGCUGGUCUGAUAUGGACAAUUGGGACAACUUAUCAUACUGGGAUACUGACUACCCAAUCAAUCUUUUUCCUAUCCCAGUUUUGACAGGAAUAACGGCUACCUGCAUCUGUCUCUUCAUUGUUGGAACUGCAGGGAAUUUAAUGACAAUGUUGAUCGUCUCCAAAUUCAAGGACAUGAGGACAACUACCAAUCUCUACCUAUCCAGCAUGGCCUUUUCAGACCUCCUUAUAUUCCUCUGCAUGCCUUUGGACCUUUACAGAAUCUGGCGUUAUAGACCUUGGAAUUUUGGGGACGUGCUUUGCAAGGUAUUCCAGUUCACCAGCGAAAGUUGCACGUACUCCACAAUCCUCAAUAUAACAGCUCUUAGCGUGGAGAGAUACUUUGCAAUAUGUUUCCCACUCCGGGCAAAAGUGUUUGUGACUAAGGGUCGAGUGAAAGGUGUAAUAUUGAUUAUCUGGAUAUUGGCAUUUGUCAGCGCUGGUCCCAUAUUCGUUUUGGUUGGAGUCGAACACGAGAACGGUACUGAUCCGUGGGAGACAAACGAGUGUAAGGCGACAGACUACGCUAUCCGGUCUGGCCUCCUUACUAUAAUGGUGUGGGUUUCCAGCAUCUUUUUCUUCUUGCCGGUUUUUUGCUUGACUGUACUCUAUAGCCUUAUUGGAAGAAAGUUGUGGAAGAGAAAAAGAGAGACCAUAGGACCCAGCAUGUCAUCCAGAGAUAAGAGCAGCAAGCAAACUGUGAAAAUGCUGGCUGUGGUGGUGUUCGCCUUUGUACUCUGUUGGCUCCCUUUUCACGUUGGACGGUAUCUCUUCUCUAAAUCUUCAGAGGCUGGCUCUUUGUUAAUGUCUCAGAUCAGUCAGUAUUGCAACUUAGUCUCCUUCGUCCUCUUCUACUUAAGCGCAGCCAUCAACCCAAUUCUUUACAAUAUCAUGUCCAAGAAGUACCGGGUGGCUGCUUGCAAACUCUUUGGCCUUAAACAAGCACCAAGAGGGACAGCUUCUACCGUGAAGGAUGAAAGCACUCCUGUUUGGACAGAGUCGAGUGUCAGCACAUGACCACCUCGUAAUGGAGCUCCUCCAAGCGACUCAUGGGCUAAUGAUACUGACAUCAGCUUAAGACACGUACUUGCCUCUCAAGUACAGAAAUAUUCAUCUUUGAAACAUAUGACUGGAUGUUCACGUCCAGCCCUUGCCUUUCCAUUC